ACCCAGAAGAUUCUGAACUGUCUUGAUCAACGAAUCCAUCUCUAGACAUCAAUGAAAUCAAUGCAGUCUCCGUGAACUGGCAUUAGCGGGUUUACCAGUCUCAUAGAUGUACAGUCAGAGGGGGGGCAUCUGAGUGUGCGGAAGAGAGAUGUACAGUAAACAAUUCUGGUACGCUUGCAGUGAUACACAGCAGAAUUGCAUGCUAGUGCAGACGUCGUAUGCCGCAUGUGCACGCCUGUCAGUGGAGCCUGGGUGCACACAACCCUACUAGCUGGACCAGGAGGAAAACAAGCUCGAGCGCUUAUUUGGGCUCUCCUCGAGGGCGCGUGAUUGCAUGAUGAGAUUGCAUGAUGAGAGAGAAGAGAACUCCUGCUGUCAUGAACGAAUGUAAAACAUACCACAUAUUUUAGGCAGACAAUUGGUGAAAAAAAAGCAACUCGCCCAGCAAUGGAGAACCAGACUGCGAUGGAACAGCAGAGCUAUGAAGACGUGCGGAAAAGCGGUUAUCUCCGCAAACAGAAAUCUAUGCACCGGCGUUUUUUCGUUCUCCGAUCUGCUUCGGAGCAGGGCCCAGCCAGACUCGAAUAUUAUGAAAACGAAAAGAAAUUCCGAAGCAAGUCACCAGUCCCAAAGAAAGCAGUGACCCUGGACUCUUGCUUCAACAUCAACAAACGGGCAGAUUCAAAGAACAAGCAUAUGAUAGUGCUGUAUACCCGCGGGGAGAGCUUUGCCAUAGCCGCGGACACUGAGGAGGUCCAAAACGAAUGGUACCAGGCCAUGCUGGAUCUACAAUGUAAAUGUAAGACUCCUGAUGAGUGUGGCAGUGGAGGAGACUGUGGACUGCCUUCCCCUGGCCCUGCCUUUAAGGAGGUCUGGCAAGUUAAAGUCUGGCCUAAAGGUUUGGGCCAAGCCAGGAAUCUAGUGGGAAUCUACCGACUUUGCUUGACAGACAAAACAGUCAACUUUGUCAAACUCAACUCUGAUGUUGCAGCUGUGGUCCUGCAGUUGAUGAAUGUGCGACGCUGUGGCCACUCAGAGAACUUCUUUUUCAUUGAAGUGGGUCGUUCUUCCAUGACGGGUCCUGGAGAAUUCUGGAUGCAAGUAGAGGAUUCAGUGGUGGCGCAGAACAUGCAUGAGACCCUUCUUGAGGCUAUGAAGGCUCUGAGCGAAGAGUUUCGUCAAAGAAGCAAAUCCCAGACUGUUGGUGUAAGCUGUGGAGGAGGAACUGCCUCUAACCCUAUCAGUGUACCUUCUAGACGACACCACCCAAAUCUGCCACCAUCACAGGUUGGCUUUUCCAGACGGGCUAGAACUGAAACCCCUGGAGUCUCCAACAGCAACACGUCUCCUACUCCACGGCACGGAUUCUCUAGGUCACGAACAGCCAGCAUUGGGGCACGUACAGAUGAUGGAGGGGGCAGAGCAACAGCACUCAGCACAAGUCCGAGUCUCAAUGGUUCAUCCUGCUCAACUACCCCAACCCUGAGGCCUAAACCUUCACGAGCACCCACUCCAGCAAAGAUCACCCUCAGCCUAGCACGAUACACCCCUAACCCUGCACCUUCCCCAGCCCCCAGUCUCUCAUCCAGUUCGGGUCAUGGGUCAGAAUGUGGGUUGGGUGGAGCUGUCUUUGGAACAAUGCCCAUCUGCACUUAUGCUCGAAUUCCUCAGAGAGUGUCCAUGUCAGGAUCACCCAGUGAUUAUGGUUCAUCAGAUGAGUAUGGCUCCAGCCCCGGAGAGCACUCCCUGCUAGCCGCAGGACUACCUGCUACUCUUGUUGAAGGUGGAGCCAGUUAUAUCCUGAUGGGUCACCGAGAAGGGUCUCACAAACGAGUUCAUGGACGCAGGGUUCUACGUCGUUCAUCUAGUCGCGAGUGUAAGGCUGAGCGCAGGCUGCUCAGCAAGCGUGCUUCCCUACCCCCCAUCUCUACCCAAGAGCGUUCGGUCCCACGCCGCAGGGAGGAAGAAGAAGAGGAUGAAGAAGAUUAUGCAGUGAUGUCACGCAGUGCAAGUAGAGAGUCUUUCACAUCUCGCCGAGGCUCAGGGGGUUCAGCUACAACAUCAUUAGUGCAGGAAAACUCAGCAGAUAAAGGUGUCAGUACUAAAGGGGGGCCUGAAGACUCCUCAAUUGAUAGUGGAUACAUGUCUAUGCUACCAGGUGUUACAGCUCCUCCUGCUUCAUUGUCACUGUCAGUUACUGGUUCAGAUGAAGUGCCAAAGGGUGGAGAUGAAUACAUGGCCAUGACCCCCAACAGUAGUGUCUCACCCCCCCAGCACAUCCGCCUACCCAUCAAUGAGGGCUACGUGAUGAUGUCUCCCAACAGCAGCUGUUCACCAGACUUACAUGGCUUAAGUGGAAGCAUUUGGGGCAGUAGGGGCAGCAUGGAGAGUCGGGCAGGCAGCGACUACAUGAACAUGUCACCUAUAUGUGCCAGGUCAGCUUGCAGUACUCCUCCAUCACACCCAGAGCAGCAACCACUGCAGCCAAAGAUGGUUUAUUCUUAUUUUUCGCUGCCACGUUCAUACAAACACACUGCCCUCUCAACCCGUUUUGAGGAUAAUCUGGAGAGGGUUUGUAUGGGUAGAGGUGAAGCAGGAGGAAAAGUUGGGCAUAGUGGUUACCAUUGUGGAGGGGACACACCUGUGGGCUCAGGUGGUGGUGGACAACUCUCUCUGUCAUCAUCAUCUUUUUCCUCUAGUUCAGCUAGCAGUGAAAGCCUUGAGGACAGGUCAUUGUCUGUUGGUGGAGUGGGAAGAGCAACUAGGUUGGGUGCAGGACACAGGGUAGGGGGGGCUCACCCCAAAGUUUCAGCCCAACACCAUCACCAGCAGAGAUGUGGGCCAGGUGUUCAGAAACAGGGUCAUUUACAGUCAAGGAAGUCAUCUACUUUUUUUGUGGAUGUGUCCAAAGCCAAUACGCUGCCAAGAGUCAGAGAGACUUUGCUCUCAACUGCAUCCCAGAGCCCUGGAGAGUAUGUGAGCAUUGUAUAUAAGGGUGAGCGAGGAGGACAUAAGAAGGGGAAGACUACAGCUGAGCCAGGGAACUCUAUGACGCAAGGACAUCAAAGAGCCUUUCACCGACCACAGGCAUGUCAAGGUGGAUCGGCCAACCUUCUUCGGAGCUUCUCAGCACCCCUCUCCACCUCCAUCUCUUUAUCGUCUGAAUAUGUAAACAUGGACUUAGGUAACUCACCUUCUUCUCUCACUCCCCUCUCUUCUUUUAAACCUGCCCCAAAGGUCAGAGAGGAGAUCAUCAGAGCUCCUCAAGUAGAACAAGAACCGGAAAUGGGACUCAGGAAGGGCAGUAUGACAGGUUUGACAUCUACAGAUGUGGCUGCUGCUCCUUUUACAGACUAUACUGAGAUGAAAUUUGGAUUGGUUGCAGAUACAACAUCCAAGUCACCAAAAGCUGGCCAAACAGCUCUGCCAUCCUCCAUGGAGCAGGAGCAUAACAUGAAUUUCCCUUCACCCAAGGCUUUUUCAAACGUGGAUCAGGGUGUCCGUCUAGUCAGGGCGGAAUCAACAGCAAGAAGGCGGCAUCGCUCAGAGACAUUCAUCACUCCUCCAACUCACCCCCUCUCCCCCUCUGCUUCCCCUUGCCCUUUUUCUGAAACACUACCUGCUGGUCCAACACGACAGCAAGGAUUAGAGAGCAACCUUUGGUCUAAUAAUCAGCCACCCUCUCCACAGUGUGCCAGUUCUGGAGUAGCAAAUCUCCCUGCUGCUCAGGCAUCUUCCUUAACCCUGGAACAAGGCCUGAACUACAUUGAUUUGGACUUGGUCAGUAAGGAGAAUCAAACCAGUGUGGAUGGACACUCUGGACCUCAUUCAUUUUUCUCUCCUGGAGUAGGAGGGUUAACUGGGGGAUUGGGUGGAGCAGGAGGAAAUCCUAGCUCCAGCAUCAACACAUAUGCCAGCAUUGAUUUCGUUAAAUCAGAUGAAUUGAGAGUUCAUCAGAGCAGCAGGAAGGACAGCAAAGAUUGUUAAAGUGCUCCUGCUUUCGGACCAGUCAGCACCUGUCCUUCCUGCGUGAGUGUGUUUGUCUGUGAGUGCACCUGAUGUGUCCUGAAAAAUGGUGCGAUUCUCCACAUGCCUCAGCAGUGGACAUUUAACUGCCCUUGCCUCAUAAAAACAUUUACUCUCAUUAGUUGCCAUUGGUUCCAUUGAAAAUUAAAUUUGUGCCAAAAGACUAUCGGUCAUUUCCAUCAGACAUCACUGAGAUGAACAUGUCCUUCAGCCAUUUGUGAAGGGCCACUGCGACUCUGACUGCCAACCAGGAGCCAAUGGUAUUCCUUUUCUCCUCUACCACAUACUUUCAAUUAUUGUAAGAGAGAUGUUAAAUAGUAUAAUGAUAGAUCAAAAAUAUAUAGCAGACAUAAUAUUACUGAGAAUAUAUCUAUCUAUAUAUAAAUACAACUUUUUUUUUAGAAAAGUGCCUCAUUUUUGAUUGUAGCCAUUUUUACACAGGUCUCAAUGUGCUCUGUAAGAAAUGCUUUAGUUUUUUUGUUGUUGCUGUUAUUUUGUUUUGCUUUCCCAUUCCUUUGUGUUCGCUAUGCUGAACAAAGUCGAAAGACAGAAAGUCACAAGUAAUUGAAGUGAAGAAAAACUAUUGAAUAGAUGGAAGAGCUUUAUUUGCCAUGGUUUAUAUAAUCAGAUUGCCUUACUGUGCUGUAUUUGUGUAUGUGCUUGAGUGUGUGUGUGUGUGUGUGUGUGUGUGUGUGUGUGUGUGUGUGUGUGUGUGUGUGUGUGUGUGUGUGUGUGUGUGUGUGUAAUCAGUCGUCUAAGCCUCAGCCAUGUUGUGCCUCAGUUCGCUAAAAAGAUCUGGACACACACACAGCGAGAUCAAAACUGAUUGCAUAUACCAUACUGCUGUGUGAUUAAAACUUUAUUGAAUGCAUCUACUCCUCAACACAAAUGAACACUAAAACACAUUCAUAUUAUCCACUCUUUCCUCUAAUGAUCUGAGCAUAGUAGCAUCAGAUGGCUAUGAGCACAAAAUCAGAUGACUGAUAGGUGUCUGAUCAAUAUA